AGUAUAUUGGACGUUUCUUCCCACCACCAUUGAUUUCCUUCCAACACUCUGGACUCGUUCACUUUUUCCUCCCACUCUCUUGCCAGUGUCAUCUAUAUUCACGGAGACAUCGUCGAGCGAUAAUCAGCCGGCGAGACUCCUUGUUCAUUCGACUUGAUAGUCUAUUCAAUCCCAAUUUCAAUCUAGAACGUUAUGAGGGCAGUCCUUCAACGUGUUGCAUCUGCCUCCGUCACUGUUGACAAUGAAGUAAUUUCCUCCAUCAGUCGUGGUGUGAUGGUCCUCGUAGGCAUCGGCAAGGACGAUAAUGCGUCCGAUAUCGAAGUUUUGUGCAAGAAAAUUCUCUCUCUCAGAGUGUUCCAGGACGAGAAAGGAGCAUGGUGGAAAUCGAAUGUCAAGGACAUUGGUGGCGAGGUCCUGUGCGUAUCGCAAUUCACUCUGUUUGCGAACACCUCGAAGGGGAAUAAACCCGACUUCCAUCGUGCAAUGGCGAGUGAAGCGUCGCGGGACUUAUACACCACGUUUCUUUCAAAAAUGGGCGAACUGUACAGACCCGACAGGAUCAAAGACGGCAAGUUUGGUGCUAUGAUGAAUGUCACCCUGACGAACGAGGGUCCUGUGACGUUCACUCUCGACUCGCGCAAGUUUGAAUAUAUCGACGCUCCCACCAAUGGAGCUGGACGUUCUGCAAAGACAAAUUCCGAUGCAGCAGAUAUUCCUUCAGCCGGCGGCAGCUGACUCGCAGGCGGGUGUUAGAACAUCAUGUUAGAUUAACACGAAGCAUGGAUAUCAAGAGAAUGUCUUGCUUUAUUAGAUGAGAAUGCAUUUAAUUUAUCACAAGACUGUCAUGUGCAGAAUGAACAUGAACAUGACAGUUCGAUAAGAGUUCAUGUGGACUUCAAUGAAUGAUGUCUCAUUGCUUGCGCCCUCUCAUAACUAUAGGAACCAGUGUGCCUACGGAGAUGGAAUGCCAAAUUCAAAUCGGC